AGUAUAUCAGACGUCAGGCAUGCCUUUUCCGUUCUCUUUUGCUGCGGUCGCCAUCUUGAAGAAUUUAAGAUGUUGAUUCCCAAGAAAAAUCGGAUAGCCAUCUACGAGUACCUCUUCAAAGAGGGAGUCAUGGUGGCUAAGAAGGAUGACAAUGCCCCAAAACAUCUUAGUAUUGAGGGAGUUCCAAAUCUGCAAGUUGUCAAAGCCGCACAGGUGUGUAAUAGCAACCCCAGAGGAUACUUACACUUAAUAGAAUGUAAUCUUUACAACUUGGUGUGCUUUUCAGGUAUAACAUAUCUCAGAGAUUUCCUUCACCUUCCUCCUGAAAUUGUUCCAGCCACCCUUCGCCGGCAGGCCAGGACUGAGACAGCUAGACCACGGCCUAAAGGUCCUGACCAACCUCGUGGCCCUCCCUCUGGAGACUCGGCUGACCGUGAGGCAUACAGACGUGGACCUGCACCAGGCAUGGAGCCUAAAGGUGGAGCAGGAUCAGACUUCAGACCUGAAUUUAGAGCUGGUUUUGGUCGUGGUCGAGGCGGUGGUGGUGGUGGUGGCGGAGGCGGAGGUGGAUUUGGAGCUCCCCCUUCACAGUGAACCAGUGAACAAUAUCGUUAAUAGCAUGAAAAAUAAACAUCAGUGAAAUAAA